CGAACCUCUUUAUAUUCUUUCGGCUUCAGAAAGGUCUUGUGACUCUGGGCAGGCGACGGCCGCGAAGUUCCUCCGAAGCGGGGCUUUCCUUGUGUGAUCGUUGGCCGCGAGCCUGAGCAAGGAGGGAGAAGAAGCCCUCCCUCCCUCCUCCUCCCAAUGCAGAUUUUGGCGCGCGGGGUGGGGGAGAGACAGGCGAGGGGGUUGGUUUAUUGUGGAAGCCGCCGCUGCUGGUGGCGCGGAGGAGAACCACCUCCAGGGAGGGAGGGAGAUGGCGCUGCCGAGUUCGCAGCCAAACUUUGCACAAGAGGCGGCUGCUGCUCCUCCACCCGGCCGAAGUUAGCUCUGGAGCGGGACGCGGCUGGCAACCGUCUCCAGCCUUUGCCCGCAGGAGCGCCCCACGCCAAAAAACAACCCCCCUCCGCCAGCAGCAGCCCGGAUCCCAGUCCCUUCCCACCCAUUCCUAAAGUGGCGGCGGCGGCGGCAGCAGCAGCAAGUCUGCAGAUGGGAACCAACUAAUCGCAGCCAACUCCGGCAGUCCGUCUCCCUCCCAGAGCGUGUCCGGCCACCCGGCGCCUGCAGGAUGAGCGAUCAGCCCUGGGGAGCCUCCCGCAGCCGCCGCUCCCGCCCGGGCGGGGACUAUCCGAGGGCAAAAUGAGCGAUUAUCCGGAGAAGGAGGCGCCGAUCUCGCGCAAGCAGCGCUUGAUGGCCGCGAUCGCGUCCGGGGACGAGCGUGCAGGAGCAGCGGCGAGUGGCAGCUGCUGUCGUGCCGAGUCCCCGGCGGCGUUGGCGGCGGCUGCCUCCGCCUCCUCCGACGCGGCGCUCUGCUGCUUCAUCUGCGGCGGCGGGAUCAGCCGGGGCAAGGAGCUGAAGCUGCAAGUGAAGUACCCCCGCGACAACCAGCCUUUUUUCCCUUUCCUGCAGCACCAGGAGCCGGCGCCCGGGGCGCAGGAGGUGACUCCGGAGGGCUGCGCUGUGGUGUGCGCCGUCUGCCGCUGCUUUCUGGGGGAGCAGUGGGACUCCUUCGAGAGGACGCGCACGCCGGUGGAAAAGCGCAUGUAUUGGCUGAAGCGGCCCUACCAGUGCGACGGGCCGGCGGGGGGGCCCGGCGGGCUGCGCAGGGGCCCCCAAGAGUGGAACCUCUCCUACGUGCUGGGCGCCGACGACGAGCGGCGUCCUAGUAGCAGCAGCGGCCGGAGCCAGCCUGCCGACGACGACGAGGAAGAAGCUUGCGGCGCCGGCGGCGAAGACUCUGAGCUUUCCUCUCUCUCUGACGCCGGUAACCUCUCGGAGCCUGACCUGCGUUCCCCCAGCCGGAACAGCGGCGCCAAAGGCAGUCCGGGUUACUGGCGCGUCAAAGAGCGCGCGGUGCCAAGCGCGCACAUGGGGAGCCGCGCCAGUUACCGCGAGUGGAACCAGCCGCCGCCGCCGCCACCCCCAGAGGAGGCGGCGAUGGCGGCGGCCCCCUUGCGCCCGGGGAACGGGCUGCCACCGGCAGAGAAGCCUCGGAGGAAGAGGCAGCGGCGGGCAAGACUCUGGGGAGCCGAGGCGCCGAUUUGGAGAGCUGCUCAUGGCGCGCCAGGGGGCAGCGGCGGGAGCGCACCGGGGGCCUUCAAUACAGCAGGAAGAGGCGACGGGUUGGUGGGCAAGCGACCCCCGGGGGAAAGUGGCCGAGAGCUUUCCAGUUACUGCUCCUCCGAGGAGAGCGAGAUCAAUAUCACCAGCGACGAGGAGCAAAAAGAGAAUGGCAGCGCCCUCCUAGCGCCCAGACCUCUCUGGGGGACAGAGCCGCCAUCGGUAGGAGAAGUCGUUUGCUACGUUUGCGGCUCCCUCUUGACGUCUACUUCCCAGCACAGGAUUCACGUGCAAAAGCAGGAGAAAGCCUCUAAGGCGCCUUUCUUCCCCUUCCUGUGGUUGCACAGCCCUCCUCCGGGGGCUUUACCCAUCAGCACCGCUGGUAGCACCUUAGUGUGUUCUUGCUGCUUCGCUUCCCUCAUGCAGCAGUGGCAAAGCUUUGAGUUGGCCAACGUGCCUGUCCUGCAGCGGCUCUAUGUAGUACCUCUGAACGCUGUAGCCCCCAAGGCUAAGAGGGAGACUCUUCCAAGAGAGGAGGUACUGCCUGGACCCCUGCAGCUUCUCCAGGAAGCAUGUUACCUCUGUGGGGAGGAUUGCACCAAGGAUGGCCGGUCAGUCUCUGCCAAGAUCACCAACGGCAAUGCCAAAACAACCAUGCACUUCCCCUUCCUCAGCCUCCUUCCUUGCCCUCCCAAUGCCAAAGGUCUCAACAAGCACUGGGAGGUCCAUAGCUGUCGGAAAUGUUAUGGUGUGCUGCAGGACCUAUGGGCCAUGUACCGGGCUUGCCACAAUGAGGAGUUCAUCACUUCGGUGCAGAGCUUCCUGGGCAGGUAUCACCAGGUCUUUUCAGCUGGGGAGUCCAACAGCAUUGCCCGGCAUCCUGGUUUGGCCAAAGUGGGCUUGGUGUCCAUUUGCUACAUCUGUGGAGCUGAACUGGGAGCAGGGAAGGAGUUUCACAUCAGUGUCAACCCUCCAGGCCGCUUUGGCGAGAAGGAGCCAUUCUUCCCAUUCCUCACAGUUUACCCACCAGCUCCUCGGGCUAGGCCUGUCGAUUCAACUGGAAUAGUGGCCACAUGUGUGCUCUGUUACCAUGAUCUCUUGGGGCAGUGGAUGCAGCAUGAAAGCAACCAUUCCCCCCAUCCAAGCAGCGCCUGGUCCAGGCAGUACAAAGUGGAGACUUUUGUCUGCUUCUUCUGCAGGCAAGAGAAGAAACGAUGCCUUGGAUUAAAAGCGGUGCAAGUUGCCAGGCUGCCAGUGUUCCUGUGCUCUUUACGGGUGCCUAGCAGCUUGCUGGUGGAUGACGGUAAGCAGCUGACCAUCGGAGCAUGCGCUGAGUGUUCCGUACUGGUGCUGGCUGGCAAAAACACAGUGUCCAGAGAUCUCUUUGCAGCACCUGCAAUGGCACCAGCUUCUCUCCAAAAGGUAAGCAGCCUGGUUGACCUUCCAGUGGAACUGGAAUUAUCUGCUGUUGCUCUUCUGCGAGCUUUGGCUGGAGACAGGUGCCAAACUGUUGCUUUCUAGCAAACCAGCCGCUCCAGAGUCAUUGACCUCAUGACUCUAAAAAACCCCACCAUGGAUCUCUGUCAAGGUGUGUGGGAGAACUGUAAGCAUGUAUCUCCUUUU